CCAACCUCCUCCCUCCCGUGCGUGCGUGCGUGCGCGUGCGCGAGAUUGCUUGGCUUCCCCUUCCCACGCGUCGCGUCUCCUCUCGCGCCGUCUCGGCCUCGACUCGAUAGUCGAUACCCCCUCUCCUCCUCUCCUCUUCACCUCGGUCUCCGUCUCCUCUUCACACCUUCCUCCACCUUCGUUUCCCCCUCUCCCCUUCCCUCCCCUUCUCUCUUCCCCAGCUCACGCCGACCGCGCGAUCCCCCUGGUUGGUUGGUUGCUUCCUUCAUCCACUUCUCGCCGCCGAUUCUUCCAUUUCUCGAUUCCGAUGAGGUUGACGUGAAGAGGAGUUGAAGAGAGGCUGCGUGAGGUGCCGUGCGUGAAAAGAUCCGGAGAGGGGUGGAUCGGGUUUUGGCCGGCGGCGAGUGGCGGCGGCGGCGGCGGUGUUGAGAGAUGCAGAGGGAAGUGGGGCCGCAGGUGGCCCCUCCGAUGUUCCUACACCAGAUCCAGCCGCUGCCUCCCCAUGCCACGGCGGCGAAGAAGCGCGGGAACCCGUGGCCGGCCGCCGCGGUGGCGGCGGCGGAGGCUAAGGGAGGAGGGAACUGGAACCCCAGGAUGUGGGACUGGGAUAGCCGCGCCCUCACCGCCAAGCCGUCCUCCGAUGCGCUGCGCGUCAACGCGGGGCUGAGCCACCACCAGCAGCAGCAGCAACAGUCGCCGCCGGCGGCGGCUAAGGCUGCUGAGGCGCUGCGGCAGGGCGGCGGGGGUAGCGGUGGGCUGAACCUUCAGCUCGGCCUGCGGGAGGACGCGGCGACGCCGAUGGAUGUGAGCCCGGCGGCUACUACCGUGUCUUCUUCGCCUUCUCCGCCUGCGUCGUCGGCGCCGGCGCAGGAGCCAGUUGUUAGGCCGAGCAAGAGGGUUCGGUCUGGAUCGCCUGGAAGUGCCAGUGGAGGAGGAGGUGGAGGCGGAGGCGGUGGAAACUCAGGCGGUGGUGGCGGAAGCUACCCGAUGUGCCAGGUGGAUGACUGCAGGGCGGAUCUGACCAACGCCAAGGAUUAUCACCGGAGACACAAAGUCUGCGAGAUCCACGGCAAGACCACGAAGGCGCUGGUUGGCAACCAGAUGCAGCGCUUCUGUCAGCAGUGCAGUAGAUUUCACCCGCUCUCUGAGUUUGAUGAGGGUAAGAGGAGCUGCAGACGUAGGCUCGCCGGUCACAACAGGCGGCGAAGAAAAACCCAGCCAACAGAUGUUGCUUCGCAGCUGCUGCUACCUGGAAACCAGGAAAAUGCAGCAAAUAGGACACAGGAUAUUGUAAAUCUGAUCACGGUUAUUGCACGCUUGCAAGGCAGUAAUGUUGGUAAACUGCCCAGCAUCCCUCCGAUACCAGAUAAAGACAAUCUGGUCCAGAUUAUAAGUAAAAUAAACUCUAUAAAUAACGGGAACUCUGCUUCAAAGUCUCCUCCAUCAGAAGCUGUUGAUUUGAAUGCGUCACAUAGCCAACAACAAGAUUCUGUUCAAAGGACAACUAAUGGAUUCGAGAAGCAAACCAAUGGAUUGGACAAACAAACGAAUGGAUUUGACAAGCAAGCUGACGGAUUCGACAAGCAAGCUGUGCCAUCAACCAUGGACUUGCUAGCAGUUUUAUCAACUGCCCUCGCGACAUCAAACCCUGAUAGCAAUACGUCUCAGUCCCAAGGGAGCAGUGACAGCAGUGGUAAUAACAAGAGCAAGAGUCAGUCAACAGAGCCAGCUAAUGUUGUAAAUUCCCACGAGAAAUCUAUCCGGGUAUUUUCUGCCACUCGCAAGAAUGAUGCUCUUGAACGGUCACCUGAAAUGUACAAGCAACCAGACCAAGAAACCCCGCCAUACUUGUCACUACGGCUCUUUGGUAGCACCGAGGAGGAUGUUCCUUGUAAGAUGGACACUGCAAAUAAGUACUUAUCUUCCGAGAGUAGCAAUCCUCUGGAUGAGAGAUCUCCAUCAUCAUCUCCGCCUGUAACACAUAAGUUUUUCCCCAUCCGUUCGGUAGACGAAGAUGCUCGUAUUGCAGACUACGGGGAAGAUAUUGCGACAGUUGAGGUUAGCACAAGUCGGGCUUGGCGUGCACCACCACUUGAGCUGUUUAAGGAUUCAGAACGGCCAAUUGAAAAUGGUUCACCACCAAAUCCUGCAUAUCAAUCCUGUUAUACCUCAACCUCUUGUUCAGAUCAUUCGCCAUCAACUUCAAAUUCAGAUGGACAGGACCGUACUGGUAGAAUCAUAUUUAAACUAUUUGGCAAGGAGCCAAGCACAAUCCCUGGGAACCUUCGUGGAGAGAUUGUAAAUUGGCUCAAACACAGCCCCAACGAAAUGGAGGGAUACAUUCGGCCAGGUUGCCUUGUACUAUCAAUGUAUCUUUCAAUGCCUGCUAUUGCAUGGGAUGAACUUGAAGAAAAUCUUCUCCAGCGAGUAAACACAUUAGUCCAAGGUUCCGAUUUGGACUUCUGGAGAAAAGGAAGGUUUUUAGUUCGAACUGAUGCCCAGUUGGUGUCAUACAAAGAUGGAGCAACCCGCUUAUCAAAAUCAUGGAGAACAUGGAAUACCCCAGAGUUGACCUUUGUCUCACCAAUUGCUGUUGUUGGUGGGAGAAAGACCUCCCUCAUUCUUAAGGGCCGUAAUCUGACAAUUCCUGGCACCCAAAUCCACUGUACCAGUACGGGGAAGUACAUAUCAAAAGAAGUACUGUGCUCUGCAUAUCCAGGAACAAUAUAUGACGAUUCAGGUGUUGAGACUUUUGACUUACCUGGAGAACCACAUCUUAUUCUUGGACGUUACUUCAUUGAGGUCGAGAAUAGGUUCAGAGGGAACAGCUUUCCUGUUAUCAUUGCCAAUUCAAGUGUUUGUCAGGAGUUGAGAAGCCUUGAAGCUGAGCUUGAGGGUUCACAGUUUGUUGACGGCUCUUCAGAUGAUCAGGCUCAUGAUGCUAGGCGGCUAAAGCCAAAGGAUGAAGUUUUGCACUUUCUAAACGAACUUGGAUGGCUCUUCCAGAAGGCAGCUGCCAGUACAUCUGCUGAAAAAUCUGAUUCUUCUGGUUUGGAUUUGAUGUACUUCUCAACUGCACGCUUCAGAUACCUUCUGCUGUUUUCAAGUGAGCGGGACUGGUGCUCUCUUACUAAAACUCUUCUGGAAAUCCUUGCCAAGAGGAGUUUGGCCAGUGAUGAACUAUCACAGGAAACUCUGGAAAUGCUCUCAGAGAUCCAUCUCCUGAACAGGGCAGUGAAAAGGAAAAGUAGCCACAUGGCGCGCUUGCUUGUACAGUUUGUUGUCGUGUGCCCUGAUGAUUCCAAAUUGUACCCCUUCCUUCCAAAUGUAGCUGGCCCAGGUGGUUUGACUCCAUUGCACCUGGCUGCAUCCAUUGAGGAUGCAGUGGAUAUUGUUGAUGCUUUGACAGAUGAUCCUCAACAGAUUGGUUUGAGCUGUUGGCACUCAGCGCUAGAUGAUGAUGGUCAGUCCCCUGAAACUUAUGCCAAGUUGAGGAACAACAAUGCGUACAAUGAGCUUGUAGCACAGAAAUUGGUGGACAGGAAGAACAACCAAGUUACUAUAAUGGUUGGCAAAGAGGAAAUUCAUAUGGAUCAAUCAGGGAAUGUUGGUGAGAAAAAUAAAUCUGCAAUUCAAGCAUUGCAAAUAAGAUCUUGCAACCAGUGCGCUAUUUUGGAUGCUGGCUUGCUAAGACGUCCUAUGCAUUCACGGGGAUUGCUCGCUCGCCCCUAUAUCCAUUCCAUGCUUGCGAUAGCAGCAGUCUGUGUUUGUGUUUGUGUAUUCAUGCGAGCUUUGCUGCGGUUUAAUUCUGGUAGAUCCUUCAAAUGGGAGAGGCUGGAUUUUGGUACGAUAUAAUCUGCAGAGGGUGCUGUAUUGUAAUCGUUUUGUGGUGUUAUCAAGGAAAUACCUUGCAACAGCCAGAAGGUUUGAAACCAGACAACUUUUGACUGUUUGAAUUUCCUUGGAACUUUGAUAAGAACGGGAGAGUAUAUAAUUGUAAGGAUGAACCCCUCCCAGAAAAGAAGUGUGGAUGGAUGGGGGCAGAGCAUUUGGGGGAGCAGAGAAACCCUGACAAAAUAUUGGAUGAAUCUGCGCAGAGUUGGCAAGUAGUUUCUGUGACAAGGAAUGUAUCAAGUGUGCCCUCACAAGGUGAGAUGGGGACGCUAUUAGUUCUGGGCUAAAAUGAGUAAGUAACCUUGAUUUCUUUUUUGCUGGUGCAAUUGUGAAUCUGCUGCUUAAUGUAUCACAAGAUGGUGUUUAAUUACAUCGAUAUGUCUUUACCUCUUUUUUUUUUUGACAUUUUUGUGUAUCUAUACGGUGCUUUAGCAUGAAACUGUCUUUUGUCAUCUUUACAUAGUAGCAGGGGUAAUUUGGAAGGUACCGUUGACAGUACCCAUGUAGCUAAAUACAAAUGAGGCAGAUUACAGGUUUAUCCUCAUCUAUUCUUUUUCGUGGACCAUCAUCACGACGCAUACGUUCUACCCUUGAUUAGUAAACCCUUGUCCCCUUUUCACUGUUUGUUUAUUCCCUCUGAUGAAUCUAGUUUCUGUUUUUUUAAUUCA